CUCAUCACAACCAUCACAAUCUCCUUCUCCUUCUUCACAAUCUUCCUUCUAAUUAUUUCUUCUUCUUCUUCUUCCUCAUCAUCAUCAAUCUCCCACAAAGAAAAGUCCAUUUCUGUUGAUUCUUUAACAACAUAGUUUCAACUUGUUCCAUAACUGUUGCAGAAUCAGCAUCAACUUUUGAUCAGUAUCUGAGAAGCUAGCGGGCAACGAGAAGCAUAAACAAAGGAACAAAAGGAAGAGAAAAAAUUAAUUUGGGUUACAUGGCUAGAGAACUCUGUGAAGAUAAAUCAAGGAAUAUGGUCUCAUCAACUGGUUUUUGUUACUCAGAUGUUUCAUCUGGUAACUCAACCAUGCAAACCCAUCUGGUGAAUCAGAUCCAAGGCUUUGAAUCCAACCCAGAGAUCUUCAACUUGACAACAGGCAUGGAGAUGAUAGGGUUUUCAAAGAAUCUACAGCAACAAGGUGAUAGCAACACGGUCAUGUGGAAAGGGUUCUUCAACAAACAUGGAACCAAUCCUGGUCCUUCUUCUUCGAAGACAAUCAGUGAGUCAACAAGCGAUUUCUAUCAACAUGACUUCCACAAACCUGAGUUCACAACUGGGAUAUCUGAAACUAGUACAGAGAAUCUUAUUGUUGGACCUGAGUCAGCUCCUUGGCAAGAGAACAGGUUGCUUGUUGAUGAUUCUUCUUUGAGGUGUGUUUUUCCUUGUGAAGGAAACGAGAGGCCAAGUCAAGGUCUUUCACUCUCUCUUUCAUCAAGCAAUCCUAGUAGUAUUGGGCUACAGUCUUUUGAACUCAGACAAACCAGUCACAGCAAUCAUGAUCAGCAAGAUGAUAUGAGGUUUAUUGGUUCAAGUUCUAGAGAUGGUUUCUUUGGCAAGCCUGCAAAUAUUCAACAGCAACAACAAAUGAUCCAAGACGGAUUUCUGGGAAAAGCUGCAAAUCUACAUCAUCAAGGGCUGUUCCAACUCAGGAGUUCAAAGUACUUGGGUCCUGCUCAGGAACUUUUGAAUGAGUUUUGCAGCCUUGGAACAAAGCAAAUCGAUGCAUCAAAGCAAAAGCAGAUCCAUAAGACCAAACAGUGGGAUGAUGAGAAUGGAGCUAGCUCUUCAAGGAAGCAACCCCUUUAUUCUCUUGACUUCAUUGAGUUACAGAAAAGAAAAACCAAGCUGUUUUCAAUGCUGGAAGAGGUGGACAGAAGAUACAGGCACUACUGUGAUCAAAUGAAAGCCGUGGUAUCUUCCUUCGAAGCUGUGGCUGGCACCGGCGCAGCAUCAGUGUAUUCAGCGUUAGCCUCCAAGGCUAUGUCAAGGCAUUUUAGAUGCUUAAGGGAUGGGAUUGUUAGUCAGAUUCAGGCUACAAGGAAGGCCAUGGGAGAAAAAGACCCAGUUGCACCGGGCACAACGAGAGGCGAAACACCAAGGCUAAGGGUCCUUGAUCAAGCUUUGAGGCAACAAAAGGCUUUUCAACAGAUGAGCAUGAUGGAGAGUCAUCCAUGGAGACCCCAAAGAGGCCUGCCAGAAAGAUCUGUUUCUGUUCUUCGAGCUUGGUUGUUUGAGCAUUUUCUUCACCCGUAUCCAAGCGAUGUUGAUAAACAUAUCUUAGCCCGCCAAACCGGUCUCUCGAGAAGCCAGGUAUCCAAUUGGUUUAUUAAUGCGAGAGUGAGGCUAUGGAAACCAAUGGUGGAAGAAAUGUACUUGGAAGAAAUAAAAGAGCACGAAAACAACAUGGCCUCCUCGGAUGGAGCUACUGAUGGUGACGACAAUGGCCGGCCUAAUCAAAACCCUCCCACAGAUCAGAAACCCACCCCGGACCAGCUCGUUCGAGUCGAUUCGGAAUGUCUGUCUUCCAUUGUCACUAACCCAGACAAAAAUGAUGCGAAAAGUGCUAAAACCCUUCAAAACCAGCACUUGCAUCAGCCACAAAAUUUUGGAACCUACGGUGCUAUGGAGUUGGACUUCUCUUCCUACAGUCAUCACACGGCGGGUGGGGUAUCUUAUGGGAGUGACAAUGCCAACCAAAAUUUCAAUGGCGGCGGUGUGUCAUUGACGUUAGGGUUGCAACAGCAUGGUGGGACUGGGGUGAGCUUGGCCUUCUCUCCCGCAUCUCAAAGUUCUCUCUUUUACCCUAGAGACCACAUUGAAGAUUGUCAACAAGUUCAGUACUCACUUUUAGAUGGUGAGGGACAGCAUUUGCCUUACAGGAACUUGAUGGGGGCACAGUUGCUUCAUGAUUUGGCUGGAUAGAAGGGGGAAAAACAAAGAAAGAAAAAAAAAAAGACUCAAUCAAAUUGUUGGUGGGGUUCAUUAUUCUCAUCGAAGGAUGGUAAUAUGGUAGAUAAAUAGUUUAGGUGGCAUAGAUAAAUACUGAAUACAUAUAAAAUAUCUAUAUACGUAAAGCUACACUUGUUAAUUUAGUUAUACUAUGAACAUUAGUUCAAUGGCUGGUAGUUCUUUUUCAAUUGGAAGAACAUAUGUUUAUUUACUGCAAGUCUAAUUUGGGAUUUGCCAGUUAUUGAUGCAAGGGUUAUACAGAUAUUUCUUUCCU